AAUCAUGGGUGGACUUGGUCUCCAGCUGAUGAACAGAGACACAGAAACGAAAUCGAGCUGAAUGUCUUUGCUGGUCUUCGAAUCUGAUCCAAAGCUCCCGACUUUGAUUCGUUUCAAGUGAAAUCCGAGAUGGGUUUGACUCAAUACUUGAGCUCAAUCGAUUGGGAGCAAGAAGCCUACCCAGAAUACCAAGACUUUAUAUUUCUUCCUUUCUUUGUUUUGUUCUUCCCCACAGUUCGACUUUUUCUUGACAAGUUCGUCCUUGAGUUCUUGACCGAUACAUCAGUGUCAGUUUGGAUAUAUGCUAGCACCUCUGAAAGUGCGGAGCUGCUUAAACUGGGUAGACGGUUAAUAUUUGGAAAGGGGUAUCGGCUGCUGGAUGUUAAAACUGAUGAUCAAAAGAGGAAGAUUAGAAAAUUCAAGGAAUCAGCAUGGAAGUGCGUCUACUUUCUUUCAGCAGAGUGUCUGGCUCUUUCUGUAACUUAUAAUGAGCCUUGGUUUACAAAUACAAAGUACUUUUGGGUAGGGCCAGGAGAUCAGGUUUGGCCUGACCAGAAGACAAAGUUGAAGUUGAAGGGGGUUUAUAUGUAUUGUGCUGGAUUUUACACAUACUCCAUAUUUGCUUUGAUUUUCUGGGAAACAAGGCGUUCCGACUUUGGAGUUUCAAUGGGGCAUCAUGUAGCAACUGUCAUUCUCAUUCUGCUGUCUUACAUUUUCAGGUUUGCCCGUGUAGGUUCAGUUGUUUUAGCUCUUCAUGAUGCCAGUGACGUGUUUCUGGAAGUAGGGAAGAUGUCCAAAUACAGUGGUGCUGAAAGGACUGCUAGCUUUUCAUUUCUUCUUUUUGUAUUGUCUUGGGUCAUACUACGUCUCAUUUACUAUCCAUUCUGGGUCCUUUGGAGCACAAGCUAUGAAGUUAUCCAGACAUUGGACAAGGAAAAGCACGCUGUAGAAGGACCAAUAUAUUACUAUGUAUUCAAUACUCUUCUGUACUGCUUGCUUGUUCUUCACAUAUUCUGGUGGGUGUUGAUGUACCGGAUGCUUGUUAAACAAAUUCAAGCAAGAGGCCAGCUUAGUGAUGAUGUUCGAUCAGAUUCUGAAGCUGAAGAUGACCACGAAGAUUGAACAGGAAAUAGAAUUUUAGAGCCACAUUAUCACCCUCUCUCCAACAUUGGAGCAUUCAUUGAGUUUCCCCAAGAAAGAAGCCACAAUCUCACACUGUACUUAUUGAACUAUAAUUGCAGCUCACACAGUUGUGGUUUCAGCUGGAGUCACGAAGAUCCUACUUUUCUUGUACUAUAAACAUUUGAGGCUGCUGUUUCUAAAUUUAAACAGACAACGCCACCUCAAAUGCUGUUCUUCUCACUAUUUCCCUUUGCUAGUUACACUGAGGAAAAGCUGUUUCAUGAGACAUGAAUCCUGCAGACGAGGAACAUCUUUCAUUUACACAUUUGAUGUAUUAUUUUGGUAGUGAAAAGAUUUCCAACGGGCUCUUGAUUUGAAAUGGAGCAGAGCAGUUAUAUUCUGUAACUGAGCUUUUGGUCCAUUCAUGCAACUCACUGCCCUAAAUCAGAGUCUGCUAGAUCAUGAUUGAUGUGAAAACUGUAAACAAUUGUGUGUUCAAUUCUUUUAGUUAUUAAAACUUUAGAGUCGGAGUCAUUAAAUUA